AUGAAGAUUGCGCUGAAGGCCCAGCAGGAGGCAGAUGCACUGAAAGCCAAAGCGGAGGCAGAAAAGAGCGAGGAACAGAAGCAGGCAGAACGAGAAGCGAAGGAGAAGGCAGAGGAGGAGGAGCGGCUGAAGGAGGCGAAUGCAGAGGAGGCGCGAAGGCAGCUCUUUGCUGCCCUGGAGGAGAAGCAAUGA